CAAGGUCCCUAUCGGCAGCUCGCAUGCGCACGUGCAUGGAUGAGGUGUGAAGGGGGGGGGGGGGUGUAUAGCCUUCAUCCUUUCUAUGGGCACUCAUGCAAGCAAACCAUCCCGUGUUUUCCCACCAGUUCUUUCAGACGAUCAUUUAGCCACGAGAGCUAUCCCAGACCAGGUCAACGGAGCGCCACAAUAACGAUAUACUACGAUAUUCCGAACAAAGACAAGCAACAGAUGAUGAUCACAACAAUGAUCAUGCCGUGGACGAAAUUUGUUAUUGUCGCCACGCUUGUGUGCAUCCUGACGAUACACUGUUCUUUGGCUGACAAUGAAUGUUCAAGCAACCCUUGUGUUAACGGAACUUGUCUAGACGACCACUACGGUUAUUACACGUGUGUAUGUGCACAUGGUUAUCAUGGUACGAACUGCGAGGAAGCAUUACCCAAAACCCCUGAUGAUGAGCUGUGCUAUUUCUCAAUCACUGAUCCGGUUACCAUGGUAACGAGUCCCGGUUUCCCCGCAGAAUCUGCUCACAAUACCGUCUGCUAUUACAUCAUUCGGAUUCAUGGAGCGAAACACAUCAGAGUUACAUUCAACGCACUCAAUACAGAGUGGCUCAAAGAUGUGAUUUAUUUGGGUACGGGGAACAACGCAAGUGAAUCGGCGAAGACACACACGAUAAUGGGAGAGAUCGGUGCCAACUCACAACCUGAUAUCAUCUUCAGUGCAUCUUCUAUCUUUAUGAUCUAUGAGACUGAUCAUAACAUUAUAUCAGAGGGUUUCAAUGCUACAAUUGAAGCAGACUUUGACGACUGUAUGCCAUCUCCUUGCUACAAUGGUGGCACUUGUAGCGAUCGGUUCCUAAGUUUCGAUUGCGCAUGCCCACCUUCCGCCACGGGAACACAAUGUGAAACGGAUGUCAUAUCAUUUUCCUCGGCAACACCCGCUAUCAUUAGUGGUGAUGACGUCGCAUUGCCUUCAUCCACGCAGCAGCUGAAUUUGAUCUUCAAUCUUGAGCUUACUCCUUCCUCUAACUCAGCCAAUCCUCAUCUCGUAAUCCAAUCCACUUCGACCACGCCAUCGUGGACCGUCACGGCGUAUCUCAGCCAAGACGGAAAUGGUGACGGAGAGAGGUUCGGCGAGGUUGAGGUAACGCUUAGAAGAGAACAAUCUGACGUCUCCUUAUCAAAUCACAUGACAUUUCGGGAUGUAACCAUCUCGGACAUGAGAAUACCCGAGUCAGUUCAGUGUAGUGAUGUUGGAUAUUUCUGUGCCAUAUUUAAUCCAAACAAUGAAUCACCUUCGUCAUCAUCAAUGCAGUCGUCGUCGCCGUCGUCGUCACAAAGCGCUGAUUAUUUGAUACGUGGCGAUCCUGAUUCGUCGGCUUUUGUCGGCUGCUCUCCAAUCCAGUGCAAAGAGAAACCUCGAUGUGAAGGUGUAGAUUGCAGAACUGAUUGUACAGGUGAGCAGAGAUGUAAUCAAGAAGAAGAAGAAAGAGAGGAUAAUGCACUAUCAGAGGAAGAUAAAGCUGAUCAAGUCGGGUUAGGUCAAAAUAGCAGAUGGGUUCACCCACAUACUAACAUCAUCCUCCUCGUCAUAGUCGGUAUCGUUUGCACAGCUCUCAUUAUCAUCGUUAUACUUGUGCUUUUCAAAGGCCGUGAUAAAAUAAAACUAAUGUUCAUCCACUCUCCGUCAGCUCCUCCUACUUCCAAUGGACCAGUUAUUAGAUGGAUAACACCUCCGACAAACUCAAAUAUAUCACAGGCAACAUCUGAAAGGGGUGAUGGAGUGCAAGGAAUACCAGACGGUUAUUUUGGGAUAGUGAAUGAAGGAGCAAGCAAUCAGCACGAGGAAUCUCCCGCUCCCCCAUACAGCGAGGUGACGAAAGAUAAUAAGAUAUAAUCAUUUUUUUGCAGUAUCGUUUCAUGUUUUUGGAGUAUGAAAAUAAUUAUGUACCGUAUUCAUUAUGAAAACGAAAAUGAUUGUGCAUCAGAGUAAAUUUACGUAUGAGAAUGGAAUUUUCUUUUUUCACAGAAAUGGAAAGAUUCUAGAUCUUGUGGCUUUCGCUUCUACCUCACUUAGAAGGUAUUUUACUAUUUUCUUCUUUUCUCUUGCUCCUCAUCUAUAUUCUUUUUCUUUACCUUUCUUUUCUUCUUAUCCCCCCCUCCUUCAUCUUAUUCUGCUUAUUCCUCUUUCUUAUUAUUUUGGUUCUCCCCGGGCUUUCCCCUUCAUCUUCUUGUUUUCCUUCUCUUCAUUCUCCUUUUCCUCUUCCCAUAAUUUUCUCUAUUCUCCUUCACCUUUUUCGAAAUUUCUUCAUAUUCCUCUCUUUAUCCUUCACCUCCUUAUUCCUAAUCUCCUUCCUCUUCUUCUAUCAGUGCAGAAUCUUUUUUUUUAUGACAUUAAGUUAAAUCACCCCUGAACUACAUACCUUGAAUAAAUUCAAAUUAAAGUAUGAAACUAACAUUUCAUUUAUCAACUCAUCCCUACUUUCCCAGUGUUAUUUUUUUAAUCAGAGUUCAAUAUGAAACGAUUGUAGUAACUUGUUAUUUUCUAUACAUUAGUUAAAAUAUUUAAUGACGUAAAUUGUGAAAUCGGCUUAAAUUUCUGGCCUUGAUAAAUCUGAUUAAUAUUAAGUUUGAGUACCAUGUAAUCUCAAACAUAGUGCAUUAUCAUUUUCCGAGCUCGAAGGUACUUAUGCUAUCAUCAAACUUUGAAAGUAUCCUUUGCCAAUGUAAGUAUAGGCUUGUCUUAGGAAGGUAAAUUGCGGUUGAUAACAGAUUUGUGUUUUUGAAAGUGAAUGAAGUUGGGUGGAGUUGUUUAUCAUCCAAACAUUGUAGAGUAUAUAAAUAGCAUUCAUAGAUAUGUUUUAAAUUGCUUCGUUUUCUAUUUAUUUGUAAAUAUCUUAUGAUAUAUUGUGAAAUUUCAAUUUUGCUGCGCAAUUACUUAUGGUUUUAUGACAAGCAUGAUUGCAUGUAGGCAUACAUUAACAUUUUAUAAGUUGAAGUUUUUUUUAUUGUACACACCUGAGGAGCGUUUCAUGAAAUAUUUGGUCAGUGAUAUUUAACGAUAGAUGUCAUAAGCUACUGUCAAUCCUUGCAUCUGAUUGGCUGAGGGCAAAAUAGUCACUUAAAAUCACUGACUUUUCAUGAAACCCACCCCUUAGCCCUGUGUGGAGCAUUGUGGCCGAGUGGAUUAGUCUCCGGACUUUGAAACAGAGGGUCGUGGGUUAAAAUCCCAGCUAUGGCGUUGUUUCCUUCAGCAAGAAAUUUAUCCACAUUGUGCUGCACUCAACCCAGGUGAGGUGAAUGGGUACCUGGCAGGAAUGUAUUCCUUGAAAUGCACUGAGCGCUUGAAGGCUGCUUGAGCUACAGCCGUUGUAAUAAUAUCCAAGUCCUUUGGAAGCGCAUGGAGACGUUAUUCAUAUUGUGUUAUGCGCUAUACAAGAGCUUACUAUUAUCAUUAUUUAUUAACAUAGAAAAUGCAAUUCACAUUACAAUCAGUUGUACUUUUUGUACAGUUUGCAAACGACCUACAGUUGCAGUAAAUUGCCAAACUAUUGAAUAUUCUAUGUUUAGGGGCACUGUAUUUAUAGUAGAUGUAGAACUCAAACAGGUUUGAUGUUCAGGCUUAGAGGGUAGACAGUUGCAGAGGAAAUAUAUUCAUUUUUCAAUCAAAACUUAUGAAUAUUUAGGGAAAAAAAGAGUGAUUAUCAGUAAUAAUUGCAAUUCAAGUGGAACUCAAACCUAUAUACCAAAAAUUUCCAUAUCACGAAAUCCAGUUUAAACUCUGACCUAAACUGUAGGUAGCCAUAUGUGGCACAGACAUCACAGAGUAGAGUUUCUCAUUAUCAGCACAUUUGGCUCUCAGACAAUCAACAACCGUUAUGGAAUGAUGAAAUAUUUUCUUAACUGUUAAACCACAGAGAAUUUUCUCCUUGACCUUUGCUUAAGUAAAACCAGACUUCAGACAACAGGGCUUAUGUAUUUAGAGAUAUAUAUGCGAGUUUUACUGUAUUUAGCUGUAUGGAUUUGGGGAAUUAGCUGGCUAAUGUUUUCUUUUUCCAUGUGUUAGAGGUGGCUUGGUGAUAGGUCAUACAACAUUUGCUCCUGCGCUAAUUGCUCCAAGCUUAAUUUCAUCUAAGAUGUAGGGUUAAAGUUGAAAUAGGAAUUUAUGUUAGGUUUGGGGUAGGGUAUAGUGUUAAACCCAGGGUUGAAGUUGGUCAUUCGAUUAGUGUGUGGAAUUUAGAGUGGAGCAAUUGUCAUGGAACCUGGUGAUAUGGAUCAAAUACAAAACUCUUUUGAUAUACGUGUAUUUAUUUGUAUUUCUUACUUUUCUAUGCUUCUGAAACAGACAAUAAACUUUCAUAAAAAUAUAAA